GAUACAGUGGUACGCGGUCACACAUUGUCAGUGUACUUCCAUCCAUCGUUUCCCUCUGAACGUAGGUGCGCUAUGGCAGCCAAGUGCGAUAUGAAGUAUCCCAUCACACUGGAAGAAGAAUAUAGGAAGAACCCUGACUUUCCUACAAGUGAUCUAAAACUUUUAAAAGAAUGGGCAAGGAACCAGCCCCAUCUUCCACCAGUGCCAGAAGAGAGAAUGCUGCUAUUCCACCACAGCUGCAUGUACGACAUAGAGAAAACGAAAGCUUGUGUAGAAACCUACUACACCCUACGCAGCAACACACCGGAGUUCUUUAGCAACAGAGACUUGUCAUCCAAGGCUCUUCAGGCCGCAAUUACUAAUGUGACUUGUUUUGUGCUGCCCAAAAAGACACCAGAGGGUUUCCUAGUCCUCUACCAGAAAGUGGAGAGCAGUGAUGCUAGUAAAUAUAACUUUGAUGACAGUUGUAAGCUGUUCUUCAUGACUAUGGAUGCUUUCUUAAGAACGGAAGGCACAGUACCUGGUGUAAUAUUUCUUCUAGACUACACAAACAUCAGAUUCGGCCAUCUGGCUAAAUCUAGCAUCACAAGCAUUAAGAAAAUGUUCCAGUAUGUCCAGGAAGGUGCCCCUAUAAGACUGAAGUCCAUGCAUAUGGUCAACAUGAAUUACUUCAUUGAAAAAGUCAUGACUUUUGUGAAUCCGUUCAUGAAUAAAGAUCUUAAUGCACUUAUUCACUAUUAUCAAGAAGGUUGUAUAAGAAACGUGUAUGAGUUUAUUCCACAAGACUGCCUCCCAUCUGACUACGGAGGAAAUUUACCAUCUUGUAAGGAUCUCAAAGAUCAAAGCAUUGAAAGUUUAAUGAAUGUGCAAGACUUCUUUUCUUCAGAUGAAAGAUUUUUCCGCUGCAAUGAGUCAUUGAGACAACGCACAAAGAAGCCGAGACGCUCUCAAAGUAUGCGUAUGUCGUUCAGGAAACUGGAAAUCGAUUGAAAAUACCACUAUACUAGAAAGAAUUAUAUAAGUAAAUAAUGUUAACCAUAGUAAUAAUAACCUCAUUAUCAUUAACA